UCAACAUAUAGAAAAGAAAGUUCUACUCUUAUUACCUUCCAACCCAUUAACGACCUUUGAUACACAAAACUCUGCAUAAACUAGUGUACUUGUAACGUCCAUACUAGCUAGAACAAAUCAAAAAUGGUGAAAACAACUGUUAGUCUUUUGAGCUUUCUAGUGUUAGCAAUGGCUGUAGUCUUAUUUCUUCCAUCACAAACUGAAGCACUAAUGCCAUACACACGCCCUUUUUGGGACUUAACGUUCCCACCAGAAGAUCCUUUCAAGAUUCUUGAACAAAUCCCACUAACCAUCCCAAAAGGGGUCGAUUCAAUCGCCUUAGCUCGCUCAGACUGGAAGGAAACAGGAACAGAGCACGUAAUUACCCUCGACAUACCAGGGAUGAAAAGGGAUGACAUCAAGAUCGAGGUGGAAGAGAACAGGGUGUUGAGAAUCAUUGGGGAAAGGAAAAUAGAGGAAGAAGUUGAAGGAGAAAAGUGGCACAGAGCUGAGAGGACUUCUGGAAAAUUCUGGAGACAGUUUAGGUUACCUGGGAAUGCAGAUUUGGAACACAUAAAGGCUCAUUUGGAAAAUGGUGUCUUGAAGAUUACUGUGCCAAAGUUGGCUGAAGAGAAGAAGAAACAGACAAAGGUGAUUAAUAUUGCUGAGGAUGGUAACUCUGCUGGUGGUGAGGACAUUAAAGCUACCAAAGCUGAGAUGUAAAUUAACUCUGCUGUCAGUCUAAUGUUUUGGUUUUGUUUAUCUUCGUAGUUGUGUUUUUGUAUUUGUGAGUUUCUAAUAAAGUUCUCAAAUGCAUGGUGUUUGGUAUGGGGCUAAAUAUUUUUCUAA